AAAAAAAAGGGUAUAAAGUUCGUAAAACGCGAAAGAACCGGUCGAAAAAAAAAACGCGUAGAGAAAUUCAAAAUAAAAGAUAUUUUUUCAAAAUGGUUGCCGAAAUUUCUAAAGAAUGUGUUACCAUUGCCGCGGCCGAUCAGUGCGUGGACAUGAAGGAGGACCUGCCGGCAGGGAACUAUAUCCUGGUUGGUGUUGAUGUAGACACCACUGGACGACGUCUGAUUGAUGAGAUUGUCCAGUUGGCUGCCUACACUCCAAAGGAUAACUUCCAGCAGUACAUCAUGCCGUAUAUGAAUCUGAAUCCAGCCGCUCGUCAGCGUCAUCAAAUUCGUGUGAUUUCGAUCGGCUUUUAUCGCAUGCUGAAGUCGAUGCAGACCUACAAGAUUAUCAAAUCUAAAUCGGAGGUUGCUGCCCUCAUGGACUUUCUCAACUGGCUUGAGAUGCUGGUCGCCAAACAGCCCAGCACUGAUGGCAUCGUUAUGCUCUAUCACGAGGAGCGUAAAUUCAUACCCUACAUGGUAUUGGAGGCGCUCAAGAAGUACGGUCUGAUUGAAAGAUUCAAUCGGACGGUGAAGUCUUUUGUCAACACUUUCAAUAUGGCCAAGGCCUCCCUUGGCGAUGCUAAUAUCAAGAACUGUGGUCUACGCAAGCUUUCGUUGCUCUUGGCCAAAUCGAAUGAUGAAAAUGCCAACAAGGAGAAUGAACCUGAGAAUGUCAACAGAAACGGCAGCAGCAACGAUAAGUGCCACAAGAAUGGAAUGAAUCAGGAGCAUGACUUUUUCGAGGGGAGUGCCAAUGUGCGGGCCAAGAUGGUCUACGAAGUGGCCCUGCAGUUGACCAACUCUGACCGCACAUCCGAGCCAGAGUCUUCGGAGCAAUUGGUUAACCUCUUCAAUGCCGUGAAACCAUUCGCCAAACUUGUCAGCUCUGACAUCAUGGAGCUGCAAACCCAGAACGAGAACAUGGGCCGCCAAAACUCGUUCCGUCCUGUCUUCUUGAACUAUUUCCGCACCACUCUGUACCAUCGUGUUCGUGCUGUGAAGUUCCGCAUCGUGCUGGCUGAAAAUGGCUUUACUUUGGAUUCUCUAAAAGCCAUUUGGACCGAGAAGCGCAAGGAGGGCUUGGAACUGGCUCUGACCAAUAUUGAUACCCUGAAGACCGAGGAAAAGACCGAGCUGGUGGAGCUUCUGGACAGCUUCUUUGACCCAAGCAAGGCGACCAUCAAGCCGAGUUUCAAGCCCAAUGGCAAUGGCCCUCGUCGUCGCAUUCGGGCCAACGGAGCAGCAUCAUCGAAGAAUGGAGCCAUGAGCUCCCGUUCUACCAGCACUGAAUUCGGUGCUGGUGGCGACAAGUCCCAGAGCGAGGGACUCAGUGCCCCAGUGCCGGACUCCACCACCAAGUCGCCCUCGUCCGGCAAGACUGGCGGACGUCCUCAUCGCAAACGCAACAACACUCGCAACGGCUUUGGCAGUGCUAAGGGACCCAAGAAGGCUGAGACACUGAACAUAGCGGCCCCGGAAUCAUUACCACCACAGUCGCCAGUGGCGGUGUCCACACCAGUGGCUAUUGCUGCCACCAACUAAAGCUCCCAGGAGAGGGGUACAGUGCAACCACCAAUGAAACGGACACUAAAACCCCAUUUAAUAGAAGAUAAGGACGAAGUAUGGAAGACCAACACAGAUUAGAAACAAUGUCAAAAUUUAAGUGUAAACACACAUCACAACGAGGCCCGUGAAGACUUAGAAUUGAAUGUUGUACAAAACACUCGCGGCUGGAGCUUGCUGUCGAGAAGUGCUUAAUCGAGACGUUUUAAAACAAUUAUUGUAACUUGGAUGUGCGCCCAAAGCGAAGUGCUGUGCCCACGCUACCCCACACGAAAUAUCGACACAUUGGUGCGUACAAAUCGUCGCGUUUAGACAUAGUUUUCCAAAAAAUACGAUGUACAACUGUACUGUCGGAGGGCCAUUGGAAAAAUAUGAUCCCAAUAAACGCCUCGAUUAAAAUUUUGCAUUGGGCAGGUUGACGAAAUAUCACACUAAUAGUUAAGUAACCCCUAUCAGGUCCCUGGCCCAAUGUUUAAAAUUCCACUUGAAAGCUUAAGUACACACAAAAAAAAACCACACUCAAACAUGCCCUACUGUAAACACACACUCAUAAUCAAAUCAACGAAGAAUGAAGGAAAAGAAGGAAGCUUCAAGCUCAAAUCACCUGCUCAAACAUGUCAAAAUAUUUCAAGAUGUAUUUCAUUUUUCCAAAGAAAUGUAUGAAUAAACGAUUAAUUAUAGUGUAACGAUA